AUGCACAAAGACCAUGCGAGCUUCGCAAAAGCGGUUUACAAUCAGGGGGAGGAAUCAUCCACAUAUCAGACUUUCCGGGCUGUGUUGGACACGCUGCGCGAGAUCGAAACGGAGUUCUUCCUACUCGAGAAUGUGGACAUGACGUCCGCCGAUGACUACAACGGAGCUGGCGACUGCAAUUUCGAAAAUGUGAUGCUAAGCUUGCGCCAACAAGGCUUCGCAGUCAAGGCUUAUCGAAUACAGAGCUCCGAUUACGGCGUUCCGCAAAGGAGGGUCAGAUUGUUUUUCGUAGGUUUCAACAAAAAGCUGCACCCGAAUCCCAAAUUCGACAACAUUGCAAAGAGGCUACAAGGUAUGAAACUGAAAUGUCAGCCGCCAGCCGACUUUUUGUUGCCCGCCGACAGCUGUGUGGUGACAGGCGAGAUUACUCGCCGGGAGUUUGCGAUCUUGAAAGCGGAGGUCCGCGCAGAGAACCGCAAGGCGAAGAAGGAUACAAAGGACAAGGACAAAGAUAAGGACGAAGAUGAUGGUAUCGAGAAGGAGUUCAGCAAGUGGAAGGGCGUUCACAUGGAAUUGGCUGAGAAACGCCUCCUGGUUUGA